GCUCAGUACGCUGCAGAGCAGAGCCUUAGAGGUCGGCCAUUGGUUGUUUGUCAAAGACAAGGAAAACGUGUUACACCUCCUCAACUGGAUACGGUAUGGACAUGAAAAGUCAAAGAAAACUUUAAUCAACAAUAUUUUGUCAAGCAAACCAUGAUUUUACGGAGACGACAGAUCUCAGAACGCUAACUCAAGUCAACAAACAUGAAGAAAGGAUCAAUGCAGAAGAGCAAGCAGUGGAACGUGAAGGGAGCCUUGCGGAUGGCGGGCGUCUUUAACUUCCUCCAUUCCUGUGGCUCCGGUUGCCUCCUUCCCUUCCUGACCCUCUACUUCCGACACCUGGGCCUCAACGCCAGCAUGAUCGGAAUCAUCAUGGCAUCCAAGCACCUGCUCGCCCUGGUGUGGCGGCCGUUCUCCAGCGUCCUCGCUAGGCAGUACGACAAACGGCGGACAGUCAUAGUGGGCUCAUUGCUCAGCUCGGCAUUGGUGGUUUUGAUUCUUCUGCUCUUCCCGUCCACAGGAAUACAAAUUGAAAGUGGACGGUGUAAUGCUAGUCAACCCGAUGCCGAUCCUACCGCGCUUCUAGCCACACUAGAGCAGACGACUGUUUCAUCGCAAUCAAAUGCUACUGUUUACUCAGUAAACCAAAUUUCUCUAAGUACCGAACAACCUGUCGAUGUUAACACAACUGUAAGCCUAAACUGGUCAGCAAGAGGAUUGAAAUCCUUGAAAAAGGAGGAUGAUCUUCAUACUGAGUUCCUGGGGAGCCUGAAAGCUAUGGAUGCCCAACAUCAGAUGUUCUUUCUGGUUCUCAUAGUGAUGGCUUUGUGGGAGUGCAUGGCCGCCCCUUUGGAAUGGACAGCCGAUGAUGGACUGUACGAAUACUUGGAUUUCGUAGAUGCCACCGACCGCCAUAAAGGCGUGAAGGUCUGGAAGCAACUUGGGGCCGCUUUUGGCAACUGUGCAGUUGGUGUUCUUGUAACCAGCCUGUUUUGUCUUACAGGAGCUUCAGUGGAGUUUUAUUCCUACGCCAUACUCAUGAUCCUAACCAUACCUACUGCCGCCCUACUACCAAUCUACCUUCGAAAGCGUGAGCGCCUCACUAGUGGUGGCUUUAAGGCGCUGCAGUUGGUGCAUGGGAACUCACAGGCGAUACUUUGUGCCAUCACUGUCGUUUUGAUGGGCAUGGUGAGCUCUGCUGUGUCGGAUUUCCUCUUCUGGCAGAUGCAGGAUUGCGGUGCAACAGAAAUCCACAUGGGAAUCUCUUUAGCCCUGGUGCACAUAAGCCAGACUGGCUUAGCGCCACUUUCUGGGCAUCUCUCCCGGUUUCUUAAGUACCACGGUUGGUUACUAGUACUCGCCGUCGUCAGUUUAGCCAUGCAAUGCCUUUAUUAUUCCUUCUUGUGGAGCCCGUGGUCCGUAAUACCCGCUCAACUGCUGGCGGGCUUCAGCACAGGCGCCCUCUGGUGGUCCAUAACAUCGCAAAGCGAAGACAUCGCCACUCCAGGCACCGAAAAGACCAUUUUUAGGCUGUUUGAGGCACUUUCUCUGGAGCUGGGAGCUGCAUUUGGCAGUCUGACGGCAGGGUUCGUAGUGCAAAAGUUUGGGGUCAUGGUGCUCUUCCAAGGCGCGGCGGUUCUGUUGGCUUUGUGGAGUAGCGCUCUUGCCGUACUCAAGUGGAAGAUUCCUCGGCAGCGGCGGAUAAACUACUCACGGCUGCUCGCCGCCGACACCGAGAUGAGUGAGUCCGACACGGACCAGGAGAAAGACUGGCUGGAGACGGCAAUGGAAGAUGACAGAGGAGAAACAAGUGGACAAUGGAAAAGACUGAAUCAAUAGAAGUAAAGAAUGACUUGUUAACAUCUACAGAGAACAAUUUAAAUGAACUAAGAGCAAAAUGACAUUAAACUGUAAAAAAAAAAAAAAAAAAUCUUGCUCAGUAUUUUUAAGGUGAUGAUACAUGGAGCAACUUUUUGAGCAAUGUUGCAGGGCAGUGUUGCCGAGCGAUGUUGCUUGGGCCCUUUCCCAUUGAGAAAGGGCAACAAAUUUCGAUCUAAAGUAUCCAGAUAGAAAUUUGUUGCCCAUUCUCAAUGGGAAAGGGCCCAAGCAACAUUGCUCAAAAAGUUGCACCAUGUAUCAUCACCUUAACUCUUGUUUUCUCAUUACAAAUAACUAAAUAUUCUCAAAUCAAGAUACAUUUACUUGAGAAGGAAAAUUACUUAAGAUAUUGAGACUUGUUUUCUGAAAAAUUAUCAAGUUUUUGCUUAAAACAAGAAAAAAUAUCUGUCAGUGUGGUAAGAAAUAUAAACUUAAUUGAAAGGGAAACACUUCUUUUGUGUUCAAUUCUUUUUAACACUUCUUAAUUUUUCUUACCACAACACUUACAGUAAUAUCUCAAGUCAUUUUCCUUCAAGGAAAUGUAUCUAUAUUUAAGAAUGUGUAAAUAUUUGUAAUGGAAAACAAGACAAAAAACACCAAGUAAGAAAAAUCUUACUCCACGAGGGCAUGUUUUCAUUCAUCUUCCUCAUAAUGUUCAUCAAGGAUGAAGUUACUCUUUCAAGCCAGCUGAAUCUCUGUUUAGGAUCAUUUAAGGCUUUGAGAGAAGCAUUAUAGCUCCAAUACCAGUACAAUACUUGAAUAUCCUAAAAUGUACAUCAUCUUUCUUUUGUGAAGAUGUAUUAUUUCAUAGGCCAGCUCUUUCGUAAACUGAUGGACUGUGACUGGAGAUGAGCUGCUCUGGUUUAUUUGCUUACAGUAAGCACGUCGUCUCUGCCAAAUGGCAAUAAUCACGUGAGCAAAUAGUGCCUAUUGUUUACAUCUUCACACCCUUUCUUUACCACUCAUUCUUAUGUUUUGAAAAGAUUUGUGAUCUGAAGGUAAGCCUCAGUUACCUGUUAUGCAGAGACCUUUUGUAUUUAUUGUGCAUGAGGCACUCACGUUUUGCACUAUUAGGUGUCACUAGAAGAGGGAGGGGUUUGUUGAAGAGAAUCAUAAUAAAAGUAUCAUAUUUACAGUUAUGGGAUUCUCAAGGGAUUGAGAAUAAGAUGCUUGGCUUAGAUGUGAAGUUUGCCAAACCUGUAUUGGUGGGGGAGGGGGUGGGGGUAAAGCUUUCCAAACUUGUUCUUGAGUAAAUUUUCCUGUACAGCUAGUCUGAUUGCAGAGCGGUCUAUUUGUGACCGACAACUCUUUUUAAAAAAUGCAUGGAAUGAUUGGAAUAAAUAUUCUUUACAUUUAAUAUGUUUGAAAUCAAGAACAUCUAUUAAAUGAUUAUUUCUGCUUUCAACAA